AUGUUUUCCAGCUUGGGGAGGUGGAGCGCCAGCGGCUUCUACCAGCGGCUCCCCCGAGGCCCCGAGGCGCAGAAAUGCAAUCCAGAGAAAAGUGCUUCAUUCUUCAGUAAGAUGACCUAUUCCUGGUUUAGCAGAAUAAUUAUUUUAGGCUAUAAAAAACCUUUGGAAAGAGAGGAUCUUUUCGAACUAAAUGAAAGUGAUUCCUCCUAUAUUGUGUGUCCCAUCUUUGAAAAACAAUGGAGGAAGGAAGUUCUAAAGAAUCAAGAGAGGCAAAAAGUAAAGUCAUCUUUUCAUAAAGAGGCACAUACCAGGAAACCAUCUCUGCUCCGUGCAUUGUGGAACACCUUUAAGUUUGUCCUGAUUCAAGUUGCUUUAUUCAAAGUGUUUGCUGAUGUUUUGUCCUUCACUAGCCCACUCAUAAUGAAGCAAAUGAUCAUUUUCUGUGAACACCGCCCAGAUUUUGGCUGGAGUGGCUAUGGUUAUGCUUUGGCACUUUUUGUCGUAGUCUUCUUGCAAACCCUGAUCCUUCAGCAGUACCAACGUUUUAACAUGCUCACUUCAGCAAAAAUUAAGACAGCUGUAAUUGGACUGAUCUACAAGAAGGCCCUGCUUUUAUCUAAUGUUUCUAGAAAAAAGUUUUCCACUGGGGAAAUUAUUAACUUGAUGUCAGCAGAUGCCCAGCAGCUCAUGGACUUGACCGCAAACAUCAAUCUCCUUUGGUCAGGUCCUUUUCAAAUCCUGAUGGCCAUAUCAUUCCUUUGGCAAGAGCUGGGUCCAGCAGUGUUAGCAGGGGUAGCAGUCCUUGUGUUUGUUAUCCCAAUGAAUGCUUUAGUUGCAAAUAGAAUGAAAAAGCUGAAGAAAAGCCAAACGAAGAACAAAGACAAACAGAUAAAACUGCUCAAUGAAAUCUUACAUGGAAUUAAGAUCCUUAAACUUUAUGCAUGGGAACCCUCCUAUAAAAAGAAGAUUAUUGAAAUUCGAGAACAGGAAUUGGAAGUUCAAAAAUCAGCUGGGUAUCUUGCUGUAUUUUCUAUGCUGACUUUAACUUGCAUUCCAUUCUUUGUGUCCCUGGCAACAUUUGGCGUCUAUUUCUUACUGGACGAAGGCAACAUUUUAACAGCCACUAAAGUGUUCACAUCUAUGUCUUUGUUUAAUAUUUUGAGGCUUCCUCUGUUUGAUUUACCAAUGGUGAUCUCAGCUGUGGUCCAGACAAGAAUAUCAUUGGUUCGUUUGGAAGACUUUCUCAAUACUGAGGACUUUCAUCCUCGAAGUAUAGAAACAAAGUACAUAGGAGAUCAUGCCAUUGGUUUUACAAAUGCUUCCUUUUCCUGGGAUAAAACAGGGAUUCCAAUAUUAAAAGACUUAAACAUAAAGAUUCCAGAAGGAGCUUUAGUGGCUGUUAUAGGGCAAGUUGGGUCUGGAAAAUCAUCUCUGCUUUCUGCCGUUUUAGGGGAAAUGGAGAAACUUAAAGGAGUAGUCCAAAGAAAGGGCUCUGUGGCUUAUGUUUCCCAGCAGGCUUGGAUUCAGAAUUGCAUUUUGCAAGAAAACAUUCUCUUUGGCUCUGCCAUGCAGAAGCAGCUUUAUGAGCGAGUUUUGGAAGCCUGUGCUCUCCUUCCCGAUUUGGAGCAGUUACCAAAUGGAGAUCAAACUGAGAUUGGAGAAAGAGGUGUGAGUAUAAGUGGGGGUCAGAGGCAUCGAGUCAGUCUGGCCAGAGCUGUCUAUAGUGGGGCCGACAUCUACCUCCUGGAUGAUCCCUUGUCUGCAGUUGAUGUUCAUGUUGGAAAGCAACUUUUUGAAAAAGUGAUUGGGUCCUCCGGCAUGUUGAAAAACAAGACUCGAAUUUUAGUGACACACAACCUCACACUUCUACCCCUGAUGGAUCUUAUUGUUGUAAUGGAAAGUGGCAGAGUAGCACAAAUGGGAACAUACCAGGAACUUCUGUCUAAAACCAAAAAUCUCACGAAUUUGCUUCAGGCCUUCAGUGAACAAGAAAAAGCUCAUGCUUUAAAGCGAGUCAGUGUAAUCAACUCCAGAACUCUACUGAAAGAACAAAUCCUGGAGCAAAAUGAUAGGCCCUUAUUGGAUCAAGGAAAACAGUUCUCAGUGAGAAAAGAAAAGGUCCCUGUUGGUGGGGUGAAGUUCUCAAUCAUUCUGAAGUACCUCCAAGCCUUCGGCUGGCUCUGGGUAUGGCUGAAUGUGGCCACUUACCUGGGGCAGAAUUUGGUGGGAAUUGGACAGAAUCUAUGGCUUAGUGCCUGGGCAAAAGAAGCAAAGCACAUGAACGAUUUCACAGAAUGGAAGCGAAUAAGAAGCAAUAAACUUAACAUCUAUGGAUUAUUGGGAUUAAUGCAAGGUCUCUUUGUUUGCUCGGGAGCUUAUGUACUCACCAGAGGAUCCUUGGCUGCCUCUCGAACUUUGCAUGCUCGACUGUUGGAUAAUGUGCUGCAUCUCCCACUCCAGUUCUUUGAAACCAAUCCCAUAGGCCAGAUCGUCAAUCGGUUCACCAAGGACAUGUUUAUAAUUGAUAUGCGUUUCCAUUACUACUUACGGACCUGGGUGAAUUGUACACUGGAUGUUAUUGGAACAGUUUUGGUCAUUGUGGGAGCUUUACCACUCUUCAUUCUGGGGAUUAUUCCUUUGGUUUUCCUCUAUUUCACUAUACAAAGAUACUACGUGGCAAGCUCUCGGCAGAUUCGGCGGCUGGCAGGAGCAUCUCGCUCUCCUGUCCUUUCCCACUUUAGCGAGACUCUACUUGGGGUGUCCACUAUCAGGGCAUUUGGACAUGAACAGAGGUUCAUCCAGCAAAACAAAGAGGUGGUGAAUGAGAAUUUGGUCUGUUUCUACAACAAUGUGAUUUCGAACAGGUGGCUGUCUGUUAGACUUGAAUUUCUUGGCAAUUUAAUGGUGGUCUUCGCUUCACUGCUUGCUGUGCAGGCUGGCAAUUCUGUGGAUUCAGCAAUUGUUGGUUUGUCCAUAUCCUAUGCCUUAAAUAUUACUCAAUCUCUCAAUUUUUGGGUAAGGAAAGCAUGUGAAAUUGAAACCAAUGCAGUUUCCAUUGAAAGGGUUUGUGAAUAUGAAAAUAUGGAUAAAGAGGCACCCUGGAUAAUGUCUAAAAGGCCUCCGUCACAAUGGCCCAAUAAAGGGAUAGUGGAAUUUGUUAAUUAUCAGGCUCGAUACCGAGAUGAUCUUGGUUUAGCAUUACAAGAUAUCACUUUCCAGACUCAUGGGGAAGAGAAGAUUGGAAUUGUGGGACGAACUGGAGCAGGCAAAUCAACACUAUCAAAUUGCCUAUUUAGAAUUGUAGAAAGAUCAGGAGGCAAAAUUAUUAUUGAUGGAGUUGACAUAUCUACAAUUGGGCUUCAUGACCUUCGUGGCAAACUUAACAUUAUUCCACAGGACCCUGUUUUAUUUUCUGGAACCCUUCAAAUGAACCUGGACCCCCUAGACAAGUAUUCUGAUGGCGAGCUAUGGGAGGUGCUGGAACUAUGUCACUUAAAAGAGUUUGUGCAGUCCCUUCCCAAGAAGCUGCUGCAUGAAAUUUCAGAGGGUGGUGAAAACCUCAGUGUUGGACAGAGACAGCUUGUCUGUCUUGCUCGUGCUUUGCUGAGAAAAACAAAAAUUCUCAUCUUGGAUGAGGCAACAGCUUCCAUCGAUUUUGAGACUGAUAACUUGGUGCAGACUGCAAUCAGGAAGGAGUUUUCUGAUUGUACCAUCCUGAUGAUUGCUCACAGACUGCAUUCUAUCAUUGAUUCAGACAGGGUGCUUGUUCUAGACUCUGGAAGGAUUACACAAUUUGAAACACCACAGAAUUUGAUACACCAGAAAGGACUUUUCUUUGACAUGCUAACAGAAGCAGGAAUAACACAAGACUCAGGGACAAAAAGUAAAUACUUUUAG